CUCCUCAUGUAAAGCUCUAUGUAUGAACAAUGUGUUACAUAUUGUCCACCAGAUGGACCAAAGAAAACCUCAGUGUCAGUCAGUCCCUCUGGUGAAAUAGUGGAGGGCAGUUCAGUGACUCUGACCUGCAGCAGUGAUGCCAACCCACCUGUGGACAAAUACACCUGGUACAAGAAGAACGUAACCUCACCAAAAGCAUCAGGACAGAGUUACAGCAUCACUAACAUCAUCUCUGAGGACAGAGGAGAAUAUUACUGUGAGGCCCAGAAUACAAUAGCUUCUAAGAACUCUAUAGCUCAGAUGAUCAUUGUAGCAGGGAAACAGACCUCAGUUCUGACUGCAGCUGUAGGAAUCACAGUGUUUAUUCUGGUUCUCAUCCUCUUUCUCCCUUGCUUCAUGUGGUUCAGGAGAUCCACAGCAGGAAGUGAUGUCACAGCAGACACACAGAGUGUCCAUCCUGAUCCUAACAGGGACACGUACACAGCUCUGAACAUGAAGACCAGGUCACCAGAGUACGACACCCUGGCAAAUGUGAGGGACUCCUCUAGUGACACAGUCCCUCAGAUAGAUGCUGAGCCCUCAGAUUAUGACAACUGUAGAGAACCACCACAGAACCUGGACUGAAGAGAACGACCACAGAACCUGGACUGAAGAGAACGACCACAGAACCUGGACUGAAGAGAACCACCACAGAACCUGGACUGAAGAGAACAACCACAGAACCUGGAAUAAAGAGAACCACAACAGAACCUGGACUGAAGAGAACCACCACAGAACCUGGACUGAAGAGAACCACCACAGAACCUGGACUGAAGAGAACCACCACAGAACCUGGACUGAAGAGCUUCAGCACCAAACCAAAGCUAGGAUUUACACCUCUAUUCUCCUGCUAUCAUACUGCUAUCAGAUCUAGAAGGCUUUCCAGAUAAUGAGCUUUAACUUUUUUUUAAAUUAUGUCAUAAUUUUUAUUUUCUUGUAAAGUUAAGGAAAGGGAAAGGGGGAUACAUUUACAUUUACAUUUAAGUCAUUUAGCAGAUUGUACAACUGAAUGCAUUCAACUGAAAUGUCUCUUCCGCAUUUAACCCAACCCCUCCUAAACUUUAACUUCUGAGUAAAUGCUGGAGUUGAAUUAUCUUUCCUUGUAAUGAUAAUUGUGUAUAUUGAUGAGAAAUAAGAUCGAUUAUACUUCUGCUCUUUUUCAAUGAGAUUUGACCAUUUGUAGAUUCUCUGUAACACAUAAAGCUUCUCUGUUUACUCUCUGUAGAUUAAUAUUAUGUUUCUGCUCUUUUUCUAUGGGAUUUGCCUUUUCCAGAUUUUUACAACAAAAAUAGGCCGACAUUUCUCAGUGACUAAAAUUGAUAACAGCUUUUUAUUACUUCUAGCUCUUGGACCAGGUUUCUCCUAAUUAUUUACUUUGUAUUCCUGUCAGACAUUAUUGCACAUUUUAUAUUCACUAUUUUAGAUACAUUAAAUACGUUUACCUUUGCAGUUUUUACAAUUUGGUUUGGUGUCAAUACAGUAUAAGUCAAUACAGUAUAAGUCAAUACAGUAUAAGCGCCAAGUUGUAAAUAAGCUCAAAGUUUAGGACAAUAAAUAUAUUAAUUAGUUCAUAUUAAUAAGUUCAUUAACUAUUAAUACAUUGAUUCAUUGAUUCAUAACUAUUUCCAUUCUGCUGUUGUUUCUUGUAUUUCUGCGUAUUAGACACAUUGAACAGAACAACACCCAGCACUGAUCCUCAACAGUUACAUUCGCUUACGCACGCUAGUGGUGCGCGUGUCAGCUGUUUGUUAACCCGCAACCGUCCACAACUAAUAACCCACCUGCAACCGCCUGACUGUGUUAAAGUGAAACUCUGAGGCCUGCACCCAAACCUAACUCUAAAAUAUAGAAAAUACACUGUAGGCUACAGUCAAAGAUGGCAGAACACAUUUAUAUGUAUUUUGUUUUAACGGAGUGGCUGAUCUUUUUUUGCCUGAUUUAAUUAUGUUUCUGCUUAUAAUUUCGGACAUUUUGGUAGGCUAUUUGUUCGUCAACUUGUCUAUAACUUCUAGAUAUAUGUAGUUUCUCUUUUGUCAUGUUGCCCUAGAAGACUAAAGCCUAAACAGAAUAAUGUAAUUGAUCAAUAGAAGGAAUUCUUCAAUCUAGGUGACAUCUAAAGUUUAGGG